AUGGGAACCCAUAUCAGUCGAGUGAAAUCGGUGGAUCUCGACUCCUGGACAGACGAGCAACUACAGAGCAUUAUGAAAUGGGGGAAUGCAAGGGCAAACAAGAAAAUUGAGAAUUUUAUCCGAACAAAGUACGAAUCCAAACGAUGGGUGAUGGAUGGUCCGAUGCCCGAUCCAUCUACACUCGAGGUAGAAGGUGAUGAGGAUGUGCCUUUAGCAGUCAUACAGGAGAAGGCCAAGCUAGAACGCUCUGCGUCUCAACAACAGCAUAGCUCGAACCGCCCCCGACCCACUCAGCCUCAACAGCCAGCCGUGAACUUCUUCGAUGAUGAGCCAGCGAAUCCACCCCCGAGACCGAGGACCACAGACAUACCAGGGAACAGGCCUCCUCCUCAGGCUGCUGUUGCUCCAAAAGCCCAUAAACCAGCCGACUCAUUGCUUGGGUUGGAUUUCUUCGGUCCCAGCCAACCAAGUGGCGGAUCUAACCGCCCAGCAAGCACUCCGGGUGGAAAUACUCCCACCUCAGGUCCUUCAAGACCAGAUCUCAAACAAUCAAUUCUAUCUCUGUAUGCUUCUGCGCCACCUAAACCUCAAGAACAACCUCAACAUGAACGAAACUCUUCAUUCAGUUCAUUUUCGCCCCCACCUCAGCAGCCCUCCAAACCAGAUGCCUUUGGCGGUCUUAGCGAUGCCUUCAGUGGGCUGAGUUUCCCUUCCACUACGUCCCCUCCUGUUCAGAGACAGCAAUCCACCUUUUCUGCCUUUGACAGCCUCACUAGCUCCAAAUCUUCACCUGCGGCCCCAAAGAUAACCUCACCAGCUAUGUCGAGUGGUGGUAGCUUCUUUGACGAUAUUUCAGCGCAGCCAGACCCAAAGCCACGCCAAGUUGCAUCACCACCUCCCUCUACUUUUGACCUGAUGGGAUCAACAGUAGGAUCGACAAAAGCGCCCGCAGCGCCACCCAGCGCGUCUAAGGAUAUGUUUGGCCUUUUCUCCUCACCAGUGCCGCAGGCAACCACUGCUCCGACGGCAACAGACACUAUUAAUACUUCGCCGCCGGUAGCCUCUCCUAGCCAAACUUCUGUCUUCAAUCUUUCUUUACCACCGCAGCAACCAACCGUUAAAUCUCCACCUACAAGCACCGUUAGUCCCUCAAACGCAUUUUCCGCAAGCACACUGGACCCCUGGGGCGGGAAUGCAUGGAGCAUGGCCGAACCAUCACCCCCCGCGGCCGCUUCAAAGGCCACAUCCGCUAUGAAGGUCCCCGAUACUUUAACUGCGAACGACAUAGGUAGCGGUUGGGGAGCACCCUCUCCUGCUACCACCAAGCCAGCUCCUGCGGUCGUUGCUGAUGAAGAUUUUGGCGGAUGGGCGGACCCAACCCCAGCGCCAAUCAAGAAUGGAAAUAGCAGCUCUAGCAAGGGUAAAUCUAGCGGUUUUGGUGGUGGUGAUGACCUCUUUGCGAAUGUUUGGGAGUGA